CUGAUAUAGUGCUGCCACUCUUUUACAAUAUUCGUUCAUCCAAACUUGUUCAUAUAGAAUAUACAAGCAGUGGUAAAGGAAAAUGAAAAAUAGUUAUUGGAAAAUCGAGUGCUACUGCAAGCUGAAAAUGCAAUGCACAUUAAAAUAAGCAGAUUACAUUGCGAAUUGUGGAAUUGCUGCGCAAUAUAACCCAUCGAAAACACAAUACAAUAAGGAAAACAACAAAUUAGCUGCACCUAUCUAGAGAAAAACAACAAAAACUACAUAACACACUUGUAUACAAAAUGUUUGCACAAACGGAAUCACAUAAAAACAACUUUUUGGAGCAUACAAAGGCUGCGCGGGAGGAGCGGGCCCUUGAGAAGCGCCGGGAAGAAGCUGCAAUUUUGUUACAAGCAACUCUAAAAGGAUUUGUUGCCCGCAGCAAAUAUCAGAAAUGCAUAAUCAACGACUUCGACUUACUCUUUAUGAGCAGUCAUGAGGGCGAACAGGAUGAAAAGGAUACAGAGCUGCAGCCCGCCGUUCAUGUGUAUCCUGUGCUGCGUCGCUAUCUAACACAAAUAAAAUUAGCUAAAAAUGAUGGACAUAUGCGAGAUCGCCUGGAGCGCAUUUGUCGCUAUGUGAAUCGCGCAAUGGAAGCCGACAAUCCAAAGAUGUCCUAUGCGGCAUUAUGUUUGCACAAGGAUCGCAGUUUGCCCUGGAUAGGACACAUAAAACUGCUGUUAACCAAUUGCAUGCAGUUGUUGCCAGAACUUAAGCCAGAGAACCAUGCUGAUAGCAUAUCGCUUGCUCUCUUUUUACACACUCUUAUUGUGUUCACCGCUCCUAAGUCUUGGGCUAUAUUGCGUAAUGCCCAAUUUGAGCGACUGCAGCCAGCUAUGCAGAAGAUCUGUUGCAACAUUCAGGGGCAUCUGGUUCAUCACGGAUUCUACAAGACCAUGCGGGUAAUACUGCUUAAAGGAACCGCACGCGAAGAAUUGUCCGUGAAGCCGGUGACGCUUGUUGCCAUAAUCACACUGUGUCUGCGACCCUUAAUCGAUGGCGAUUUUAGUCGCAACUUGCUUUCACAGUUUCUAAGCGAAAUACUUUCAGUGCCGGCGCUAAUUUAUCAUUUGCAUCAGAGCGUUCCGCAGUGCAUUGAGCAGUUCAGCUCGAUGUCGUUGCUGAAGCGUGCUGUUAGCAUAUCGGAGGAUUUGCAGUGGUUCGAGGAGUUCGCUGCGAGCAUGUCAGGAACAAAAUCGCUUGCUUAUUUGGGCAACAUUGUAAAUAUGUUUAAUAUAGAAAAUUUGGCUGAAGCUAAAAAAUUGGCCUAUCCGUUGCUAACUGAAACCACCACAUCUUUGCUGGAGCUAAUACCCAAUACAGUGACCACCAAAGGUGUUUUCACGCAGUGGCACGAGCUGCUUGGCUGGCACACACCAUGUGCGGAGCCGGCACAAAAUCAGAAUGUUGGACUAAUCAAGAAACAGUUUCACAUGCUGUGGGAUCAUCGAUGCAUUAAGUUGCUGCUUGGUGAUUUGUUAAAGGGAAUUAACGAAAACUAUGAACGCAUCGAGUUUCACUCACCGCAGCAGCCCUCAACAAGCAAUUUAUUGCGUCGCGCUCUCGAACGCAGUUCCACACGUGGCAGUGGCUUGUUGGCAACAGCUGCUGGCAAACAACCAAAGAUACAAUGGCGUAAGCUGGACAAUUGCGAUGUUGUUCAGGUUUCACGUAUUUGUGCCAUGUAUUAUGCUGCCUUAAGCACGCUCUCCCAAAUGAAGCUGGACAUUCUGACGGGCAUAUGCUAUAAUGACAAUGUGUUAUAUGACAUUUGGUUGCUACUGACCUCGCUGGGACCCAACUGCGGCAUGAAGGAAUAUCUGGACUUGUUGAGAUGCGACACAUUGGUACAAAAGCCACAAAUAGCCAUGCUUAUGCUCUUCUGUGACUGCAUGACCCACUAUGUGACCAUUCUGGACGAGUAUGAAAUGUAUACCGAGCAGAAUCCCUUUCGUCUUAACGACUACGUAAUGCUAACCUAUUUUCUCAAUAAUAUAUUAUACAAGCUGAUCAAUGAUAAUAUUAUGGGCGCUAAAAAUGUUGUAAACAAUCCUGUAUUUGUUUCGCUUCAUACGCUGUUGCUUUGCUUAUAUCGUCGUGACUGUCGACGUCCUUUCACCCCCGCCAAUCACUGGCUUAUACCGGAGAUCAAGCCAUCUACUUUUAUUAAUGAUCUGGAGAAGGCUAAGCGUAACGCAAUGCUUUUGCUGGCGAAAAUGCCACACAUCAUCCCACACGAAGACCGGGUCAAGCUGUUCAGAAAGUUCGUACAAAACGAGAAAGCUGUGAUGGGACUGACAGAGAGUGCGUGUGCUUCUCCGCGAUCAGCGCUGAUUGUCAUACAUCGGGAACGGAUUGUUGAGGAUGGCUAUCGACAGUUGGCCGCGCAGCCGACACAUGCACUGAAAGGAGUGAUUCGAGUACGUUUUAUCAAUCAGCAGGGAUUGCACGAGGCGGGCAUUGAUCAGGAUGGCGUGUUCAAGGAAUUCCUGGAGGAGACCAUAAAAAAAGUAUUUGAUCCAUCGCUGAAUCUCUUCAAAACCACAUCAGAUCAGCGGCUAUAUCCAUCGCCUAUUUCUUAUGUGCAAGACAAUCAUUUGCAGCUAUUUGAAUUUGUGGGACGAAUGCUUGGCAAGGCUGUUUACGAGGGCAUUGUCGUGGAUGUGCCAUUUGCUUCUUUCUUUCUUUCCCAGCUACUGGGCCAAACACAGCAAGCCCUCUACUCUUGCAUGGAUGAGCUGCCCUCGCUCGACAACGAACUAUAUCGUAGCCUUACGUUUAUCAAGCACUAUAAACAAGAUGUGGCCGAUUUAAACUUGACUUUCUCCGUGGAUCAGGAUGUCAUGGGGAAGAUAGUUACACAUGAACUGCAUCCAGGUGGCAAAGCACGUGUUGUCAACGAUCACAACAAGCUGGUCUACAUACACUACAUGGCCUAUUUCCAUAUGAACACCCAAAUACGGGAACAGACGCAGGCAUUCAAUCGCGGCUUUCGCAGCAUUGUCAAUCCCGAGUGGUUAUCGUUAUUUUCUCCUCCGGAAUUGCAGCGUCUUAUAUCGGGUGAUACGGUACCAUUAGAUUUGAAAGAUUUGCGUAAGCAUACGCAGUAUUAUGGAGGAUUUCAUGACUCCCAUCGCGUUGUCGGCUGGCUCUGGGAUAUAUUGGCCAAAGAUUUUACGGAGGAUGAGCGCAAACUAUUUCUUAAGUUCGUUACCAGUUGCUCCAAACCUCCACUGUUGGGCUUUGCGCACCUUGAGCCGCCCUUUUCCAUACGUUGCGUUGAGGUGGGCGAUGAUGAGGACACAGGAGAUACCAUUGGAAGCGUUAUACGCGGCUUCUUUACUAUACGUAAAAAGGAUCCGCUCAAUAGGUUGCCCACUUCAUCCACGUGCUUCAAUCUGCUAAAGCUGCCCAACUAUCAGAAGAAGUCAACGCUGCGAGACAAACUGCGCUAUGCCGUCAGCAGCAACACAGGUUUCGAGCUGUCUUAAAGAUGCUCGCUGGAGUUGGAGCUACAUAUCAGUUGUGUAUUGAGCUUUUGGUGUUAUCUAUUAUAUAUUUUCUUUUCAUUGUUAGCGGUCCGUGAUUCUUGCUGAAAUGUUGUUAAAUAUGUAUUCUAAUCAAUAGCGCCUACUUUUUAUAUUUUUAUCAACAUUUUU